AGCGAUGGCGACGCACUGGGAUGCUCUGUACAGGCGCUACCAGCUGCACCGGUACCUGAUGCUCAUGGAGCUCCAGCAGGAGGGUAAGACCUCGCUGUGGAGGCAGCCAGGAGAAGGCCCUGGUGCCUGGCAUGGGUGUUUGCUUCAAGUAGAUGAUCUGCCAUCUUUUGAGCCUGUUUCCAGAAGGCCAAGGUGUCCUGCAGCUCCUGCUGGGCUUCAGAGAGGCUCCCUGGGAACCCAGCGAUAGGAAUGAAGCCUUUGAAUUUUCAUCUACUGCAGUUGUCAUCUCUGACAGGAUCCCUCGCAGCAGAGCUUUGAACUCCAAAUACUUCCCAAUUUGGGUAUUGGCUGCAGGAUCCCCUAGGCCGAAACACAUCUCAGGUCUCUGUUUCAGCUCCAGGCCAUGACAGGAUUUUCAAUAAGCCCACAGUUGGAAGUCCAAGAAUUGGUACUGCACGUUCAUGUGGGGAGCCAGGGAGACAUCGUCAGCAUCUGGAACGGCGUGUCGGAGUACAUCCAUCGGCACCUGCUGCUCAACAGGGGGGUAAAAAUCAAUGGACUCGGGACAUUCUUCGUUGUCAGACAGUAUUUACCAAAAAGAAAUGACUUUCCUGUUCAGAGACCUGUAUUUAAUCUGUCUACGACUGUUGCAGUGGUUCACCAGAUCAAGUACACUAAUAGAGACAUUCCUGGGGACGUGAUGGUUCUGCCAGUGUACCACCACAAGAUGCGCCUGGAGCCCUUCUUUCGCAAGAGGACAGUGGAGCAGUGCAUGGGGGAGACCAUGAUCUGUUUCUCCCACCUUCUUGGAUGUGAAUACGAUGUGGACUUUGUUUUCAGAGACAUUGGUGUUCUCGUUAUCCGAGAAAAGAGAGUGCAGAUGAGAUUUUACAAAGAGUUCCUUGAUACUCUAGAUCAGACUGGGACACUGGCAGAAGCUCUUCUCCAUGAUCCAGUGACAAAGGAUUUGGUCAUAACGGACAGGAAAGCCAUUGUUCCUCAGAGCGAUGACAACGAUCCAGGUAUCUUCAUGUUUCCAAGGCUGGAGAUAAAGAGAGUGUGUAGACCAUUAUUUUGGAAACCCUCCAGAAAAAAAAUUCUGAAGUCCACCCAGGGAAAGAAGGCAGGGAAAGAACUACUUGAUGAGAAGAUUGUGGGAAAAGUGAGCCUUUUUGGAAAGUACCUCCUUGGCCAGGAGAGGAUUUCUUCUAUCAAAUUGACAGAGCUGAAAAGGGAGGAGAGAAAAGAGCCCCUUGUCAGUCAGCUGCUAGCAAUGCUGGAGAGCACCCAGGAGGGUGAGAAAGUUGAGAGCAAACACGCUCCUGAUGACCAGCCUCUGACUGUUCGUGAAGGACACUGCAGAGCACGAAAGGAUGUAAAAUACCUGCCUACCCCUUGGGACCAAAAAAACUGCUGGGCAACGUGGGGCAAAGACAGGCGCCAGAGAGAAAGAGCAGACUUGGCAGCUGUGCUAGCUAGGAGAGCAAAGGAAGAGCAGUGGAUGGCYGAGCAGUUGAAACCUCUUUUGGAAAAGGCAGUUCCGGAGGAGGAAUAUGGCUACACUCUGGAGGAGACCGAUCUCAAAAGAUGGAGGACGUUUUUACAGAGCACAGAACACUUGAAACCCUGCUCUCUUGAGGACAGCACGCCUGCCCUUAUCAAGAGGAAGGCAUACGACCAAGGACUGAAAGAGAAGAUGAAGCAGAAGUGGGGAAAGCACGAGAAGCAGAAAGAACUGAACCCACUGAAGUUAUUACCAGAGGACAUUUUGGAGAUGAUCCAGCUACAAGACUGGGUGCUGAAAGGUAGCAGGAUGGUGAGCCCUGCAAAUGAGAAAUGAGCAACCUUGGGAGCAUCCAGUGCCCUUUCAGAUGCUACAUAUGCCUGCAGUCGUGCCACAGCCUGGAUAAACUUCCAUCCUUUUUUUUUCUUCCUCCUUGCAAGGACACUCAUUCUUUGACUCUUUAAAUGCAAUCAUGUGCCUGCAAAUCUGUUGUCAUCCAGUGACAGUUAAUCUCUGCAAUGGAGUUUCUGAGGAUUUCCAUGAUAAUUCUCUUAAAUUUAAUCAUGUUUCCAAAUUGCUGUGAAUCUUUUCUUGAGAAGAGUGUAAACUCUUCAGCAAAGAAAUUGUGGAGGGGCAGGAAAAGGAUGCUCUAGUCCCUGCUGCUAGAGCAAUCCUCAGAUACUAUAACUAUA